UCGCUCAACACACACAAUAGUGUAACGUCGAGGAUACGCUUGUUGAUGUUGCGAAACCGCAAACGCGGUUCUCGCUCUCCGUUCGACACACCUGUCGGCGCGGCGGCGGCGAGUCGUCCCUGAACCGUUUCGCGCGACCACUUCCACAGCUAGUACGAACCGUAGUUCCCAGACGCUCGGAAAACCGUUCCGCCUGGUCGCCAUCUCCCUCCACGCGUAUACGUUCUUAUCGCCAAUCCGGUCGAUACGUACGCGGCGCUCCGUUGCACGAAACGUUCCGCCGGCCGAAUACCUCACCCUUGUAAUCAAUUCCGUGCGAGCCCCUCCCCCUCGACGAUACCUAUUGACUGAUACCAUGCGUGCAAAUCUCGAUCCUGUAGAUCGCGGAGACGUCGGCGGACCCGUAUCAUCGGUUUACGUUUAACGCCCCGUUCUCGUUUUUUUCCCCUUCGCAUUCAAUAUCACCGCGUCCCGGCAAAAUGUGCAUCGCAGUUGCCCCUUCGUUACCCGUCGCUCGUCAGUAGUAUGCAUCGCGUCGGCACCAGGAUAAUGUUUUAUGAUAAUCUACGUAAUGAUGAAUACAAAGAAUGCAAAUUCUAUAAAUUGUAAUAAUUCUCAAAAUGAAAAUAAAGAACGUCAAAAUAGUGAUAAAAAUACUGUGAAGAAAAUUCCAAGAAUGGAUUUAAAUAAGUCUGAUUUAUUAAAGCUGUUGAGCUAUUUAGAGGGUGAACUUCAAGCAAGAGAUGUUGUUAUUGCAACUUUAAAGUGUGAAAAAGUCAAAUCUAUGCUAAAAAACAGAGGAAGUGACCAUAUCAUAAAAGAUCCAUUAGCAGCCCUACAAAGAGAUUGUUUUGCAACAUUUGAGACAAAUAAUGAUAGUCUUUCAUAUCAACAAUUAGGAUCCCUUGAAAAUCUUGUUUUACAGCAAAGAAGAACUCAUUUAAGGAUAGCUAAUGUUUUAAAAGAUAACCAAAUAAUGCAUCGAAAGAUAUUAGAUCUAGAGCGGUUAAAAAAACAACAACUUCAAUAUGAAUAUAAGAAAUUGCAUAAUACUUAUGAAGAAGAACGAUUAAAACAUAAACAAAUUGUGUUUUUUCUACUAGCAGAAAGAAAAAAAAUUGUUAUGAAGUAUAUUGAAGAAAGAAAACGUUCAGAAGAUCUUGGUCAAAUAUUAAGUGAAGAAAAAAGUAAAAUUAAUUUAAUGGCUGAAGGAUUAGAAGAAGAAAGUAAAAAAUCACUUCAAAUGGAAGCAGAAUUGGAAAAACAAUUGGCCUUAUUUGAUACUGAAACCAAAAGAAUGAUGGCAGCUCUUAGCUCAGAAGAAAAAAAAACAAAAUCUCUAGAAGCAGAAUUAGUCAAAUGUCAAAGUGAAAUUGCUUCAUUAGAAAAAGAAUUGAGCGAAGCACUUCAUAAUAAUGUAGUGGAGCUAUCCAAUAGAUCUUCUGCUGGUAGAAUAAUGUCUUCUCCUAGUGAUCCAAUAAUGAGUAGUGUUGCAAAAGUGGUUCAGCCUACAGCAACUGCAUCUAGUGUUCGAGUUUCUGGGCCAAUGACUGGAAUUGCUCGAUCAGUAAAUCCUGGUCAAAAUUUACGUAAUAUAAAACCAGUAAAUAGUCAAAUUAAUGAUACACAGGUGGAUAAACUUCAAGAGGAUGACGAUUGUACUACACCUUUAGAUACUAUUAAAAAGCAUCCAAUUGCGUUUGUUCGUAGUAUGCAAUCAACAGAGUGUAGUUCAUCCAGUGGUAUUAAAAAAGCAUUGUUUGGUAUUCAACGUAACAUGUCUGUUCCCAAUGUAGCAGAAAGCAAUGUUCCAGGAUUAAUUAAGAAACAAUCUACGCUUAGUAGUAGCUGUCGCGGUACACCACCUCCUGUUCCUCCAAACAAACCUAUCAUACCACCAAAAAAGAAUCUUGUAAAUUUUAUUAAACAAAUAUCAGUUACUGAUAAUGCUGUUGCUACGACUGCUGCUGCUACUGCUGAUAAAGAACAAAAAGACUCUCUACUCAGACACAAUAAUUAUUUAUCUAACGAUAUUGCUGCAGUUGAUAAACAAGAAGAAACGGUAGAAAAUUAGAACUUUGCAAUUAGUAACAUAAUAAUUUAAAAUAAUUAAAUCAUAUAAAAAUUAUAUUUUUUUAUAAUUAUUCU